AUGGCCGUUGAGUACAACGGGACCAUCGCAACUGGCGGUGACUCCCUUCAUGAUGACCUGAACAUUUUUUAUGAUUCCGGUGAUAUCGGAUGGGUUAUCGUUUCAUCAGCGCUGGUGCUGCUGAUGAUUCCUGGAGUUGGAUUCUUCUACUCAGGUCUUGCCCGUCGAAAAUCUGCACUCUCUCUGAUAUGGCUGUCUAUCAUGUCGGUCGGCGUGGUUUCCUUCCAGUGGUUCUUCUGGGGAUACUCACUGGCCUUCUCUCACUCAGCCGGCAGCUUCAUCGGUAAUCUCGAUAACUUCGGCUUUAAAGGUGUAUUAGCUGCACCCUCAAUAGGAGGUGACAAGGUUCCUGAUCUCCUAUUUGCUAUCUUCCAGGGAAUGUUCGCUGCGAUUACUGUUGCUCUAGCCGUUGGUGCAGUCGCUGAGCGUGGCCGCAUGCUUCCCUGUAUCGUUUUCAUGUUCGUCUGGAGCACUGUCAUUUACGACCCAAUCGCCUGCUGGACCUGGAAUUCAUCGGGCUGGGUAUACAAGCUGGGAGGACUCGACUUUGCUGGCGGUACCCCCGUUCACAUUGCUUCUGGAUCUGCUGCCCUGGCCUACUCUCUGAUGCUGGGCAAGCGUCGCGGCCAUGGCACUCACGAGCUCAACUACCGCCCUCACAAUGUCACCCACGUCGUCAUUGGCACAGUUUUCCUGUGGGUUGGCUGGUUCGGAUUCAAUGCUGGCUCUGCAUUGGCGGCUAACCUCCGCGCUGUCAUGGCUGCUGUUGUCACUAACCUUGCCGCUUCUGUUGGAGGUGUGACCUGGUGUCUCCUGGACUACCGCCUGGAGCGCAAGUGGUCUACCGUUGGAUUCUGCUCUGGUGUCAUUGCUGGCUUGGUGGCUAUCACUCCCGGCUCUGGAUAUGUCACUCCUUGGGCUGCCUUUAUCUUCGGUGUCGUCGGUGCUAUUGCAUGCAACUAUGCCACCAAGCUCAAGUUCCUUCUUGGCGUCGACGAUGCUUUGGAUAUUUUUGCCGUCCACACCAUCGGCGGUUUGGUUGGAAACCUCUUGACUGGUCUCUUUGCUGCGGACUACAUAGCGCACCUUGAUGGUGUCACUCAGAUCAGCGGCGGCUGGAUCAACCACAACUAUAUCCAGCUUGGUUACCAGCUUGCCGACUCGGUCUCUGGAUUUGCCUAUUCCUUCUUCGGAACAUGCAUUAUCUUGUUUGUCAUGAACCUCAUCCCCGGCUUGAGCCUUCGUGCCCCCGAGGAGGAUGAGAUCAUGGGCAUUGACGAUGCCGAGAUCGGCGAGUUUGCUUAUGACUACGUCGAAAUUACCCGUGAUAUUAUCAACGGCACCGAGUCCAGCGAGGUUGGGUCCAAGCGGACUAUGACUCCCACGGGCGAGACAACCAUCGAUACCAAGGCAUAA